UGUUUUUUCAUCAACCGCGUUUUACAAGAACAGCUCCUGAACAAAUAUCCACCGUUUGAUCGAAAACCCAUGUGAUGAUCUUUUUUCACAACUCAUAAAGAAGAAAACUAGAAGGUCAACGCAUUUCCAAACAAAACCCUCCUCCAUAAAAAGUUAAACCCUGUUGUUGAAGAUGAAAAAGAAGAAACAUUGAUUUUGACUUCCACCUGUUUGAUAAAAUUCCACACCUUGUGCUGAGAAAGAAACAAAUGCCUGCGACGCCUGAUCGUAGUUAUGAACGCACGUUGAUAUGGAUCAUUGCGUCUGUUUUGUUUGCGUGUGUCCUGGUUGGAGGAGGGUGCCUUAUAGAGUUUUUGAUUCUUCCUGAGUCAAAAGUUCCAUCUUGGAUCCUCGUUUUAGGGUUCUUCUUGCUUUCUCUGCCGUGGGUCUUUUGGUUACUCACCUUCUUGUACCAAAUUUUCUCACGCUGUUGUGGACGUAGAAUUGGUUUUGACGUUGAAAAAAAGGGUGAUGGUGGUAGUGGUGGUGGUGCAACUGCUACAGGAGAUGAUGACGAUGCAGAUGUUAAACCAAAUGCUAAUGGUAUAGGUAGGAAUCUAUCUGUUGCUUCACACGAGAGUCAAAUGCCAUUGGCAAAAUCAAUGGCCUCGUGAUCAACUUCUGAUGGCUGCCUUCAUGCACACCCAUUUCUUUCAUUUGGAAUAAUUGUUGGUUAUCACGUGGUGUCCUACAUAUAAGUUGAAUCCGAGAAGCAACAUGAUCCUGGAUCAUUUAUGUAACUGCAA